UGGAAAUCGUUUCAUCUGGAACUCUGGUGUGCUCUGUAGCUGGGUCCCAAUCGAUUCCCACUUGCGUGAUUGUGCAAUGCCCUACGGCCACCGAGCCCGGUUUCUUCAUAAAACCACGGGCAUCUCUCCUCUCCUAUGGAUUCGGUAGCAGCCAUAUCCCAAUCGGAACGAAGACUGUUGUUGCUAUGAAGUCCUACGUUCUCUCCACACUCGCUACCUACCUGGCCUCUGCUGCCGCAUUAUCAAUCGCCGAAGUCAACGGUCCCGCGUGGCUUUCUCCAUACAACGGAAAAGCCAUCUCCAAUGUUACCGGCCUGGUGACCGCCGUCGGAUCCGCUGGCUUCUACCUUCAAGACGUGGCUCCUAGCAACUCAGCCAAGUUCGGAAAGAAGAGCUUUCUGUCCUCGGGAAUCUAUGUGUUCAACUCCACCGCGGCAAAGACCGUAGUCUCGGGCGACAUCGUCACCAUCGGGGACUCCAGGGUCACCGAGUACCGCUCCUCUUCGGCAUAUAUCUACCUAACAGAGAUCAUAAACCCCACCAACAUCGUCAAGGUCUCCUCGGGCAACACAGUGACGCCGAUUAUCCUAGGAAAGACGGGACUGUCUCCUCCCACUACGCAGUACUCGGCCUUGGACAAUGGCGACAUCUUCGGUCUUCCCAAUGGCGCGAGUCUGCUUUCCACCACCAAUGCUACUCUUACGCCGACCAAGUACGGCCUGGAUUUCUGGGAGAGCUUGGUCGGAUCGUACGUGCAAAUCACUGCACCCGUGGCGCUGGGCACCAAUAGCAACUAUGGCGAUGUAUGGGUCCGCGGCGACUGGAAAGUCACCGGCCUCAACAAGGCCGGAGGCUUGACCAUUACCACCGACUCCUCUACCUCCGACGCAAACCCCGAAGCCAUUCUCAUCGGCGACCCGCUGGACGGCACCAAUAACGUCGACGUAAAACUCGGCGAUGUCCUCGGCCCGAUCGAAGGCGUCGUAACUUACGCCUUCGGCUUCUACCGGAUCCUUCCCAAGACCGCCAUCACGGUCACCUCCGCCAGCUCCGGCGUCGUCCCCCCUACCACCCUCGUCUCCAAGGGCUCCUGCAAAGGCAUCACCAUCGGCCAAUACAACGUCGAGAACCUGACGCCAAAGUCCUCACACCUCCCCGCGCUGGCUGCCCACAUCGUGGACUACCUCAAGACACCCGAUCUCCUCUUUGUGCAGGAAGUUCAAGACAACGACGGCACCAUCAACGCCGGCAUCACCUCCGCAAACGAGACACUUGCUGCGCUCUCCGCCGAAGUAGCCGCACUCUCUGGAAUAACCUACUCCUCCGUCGAGAUCGCCCCGGAGAACGGCAAGGACGGCGGCGCACCCGGCGGAAACAUCCGUGUAGCAUACCUUUAUAACCCCACGGUCCUUUCGCUCACCCCGGGCACCGCCGGCAACGCCACCGCCGGCACUGCCAUCCUCCCCUCCGGCGCACUGACCUACAAUCCCGGCCGCAUCGACCCCACCAACGUGGCAUUCACCUCCUCGCGCAAGCCCCUCGUCGCCUGCUUCACCAUCAAGAGCUCCAAGAAGCCUCUGUACGCCAUCAACGUGCACUCCGGCUCCAAGGGCGGCUCCAGCUCCCUCCACGGCGACAGCCGCCCGCCGAUCAACGGUGGCAUCGAAGACCGUCUCGCGCAGGCCGCGGCAAUGAAACCCUUCAUCGCCUCGAUCCUGGCCGUCAAUGCCGACGCGCACAUCAUUGCCGCGGGCGAUUUCAACGAGUUCUCGGGUGUGGCCCCGCAGGAGCUGCUGGAGGAGGUCAUGUACGAUCUGGAUGUGGUCGCUGGCAUCAAGAAGGAGGAGAGGUACACUUACCUGUAUGACAUGAACUCGCAGCAGCUGGAUCAUAUCCUGGUGAGCAAGGCGCUUAGUAAGAAGGUUAAGGCGCUUGAGCAUGUGCAUGUUAAUACCCAUGGUGCGGUUGAGGUUAGCGAUCAUGAUCCGUCGGUGGCGCUGUUUAAAGAUAUCUGCUGAAGAUGGGAAGAGGGAGAGGAGGAUGUAAUGAUAAUGUAAUAUAUUGUGAAUACACACGCGCCUUUGGCAACGAGAAACAGCCAUCAGAUUUACAGAUUCUGAUGC